AUGGAGUCUCAAGGAUUUGAGUGGGACACAAGUCUUUGGAAAAUCCUUUUCCCGUUAUUAACAUCCUUGUUGUCUGACUUUAAGCAUCCACACUGCGGUCUGUGCUCAGUGUCAGCUUUCCAGCCAGACUCUCCUCACAUCCUCGUCUUCCUGCAAGACAUCGCAGCUAACAUCAUGAUGCGCUCAGUCCUCAGUGUCUGUGUGAUGUUUACUCUUCUACUACAAGGUUUGAAUGCACAGGGUAAAGUCCGGCUUGUGAAUGGAACUGCCCCGUGGAAUGGUGUCCUUGAGAUGUUGUACAGAGGAACGUGGGGCCAAGUGUGUAUCUAUGGGAUUAGGAAACAAGAGGCGCAGGUGGUCUGCAGGAUGCUGGGCUUCAACACGUCGCACGUUUUCACCACAUCGCUAUUAAUAGACAGUGUGAGCUACAACUAUAUCAUAUUUGACAACCUGAGGUGUACAGGCGAGGAGACCAGCUUAGAGAAGUGUAGUGAUACAGAGAUUAUCAGUGACCCCUGGUGCCCCUAUGUCGUUGGUAUCACCUGCAACUCACAAAACAUACAGGUGCGAUUGAACUUCAUCAGUGGUCAGGUAGAGAUAGACAUCGGAGGUGGUCAUUGGGGGACAAUGUGUGUGUCGACUGACAACAUUGCCAGGGUCGUCUGUAGACAGCUCGGCUUACCAUGGCUUGGUGCGAGGACUUUUGUAAAUGAAUACGUUGACAUCGAUGGUGAUUUGUCAUCUUGCCUUGGGAAUGAGACUAGCAUCGCUGAGUGUCAAGAUGAGAUGUCUAGUGUCGGACCCUGCCUGGAUUACACCAUCAUUUGCAGUAACUAUCUUGUCAACAUCCAUACAAACAGUAGCAGAUAUCCUUUAAUGGAGGAAACAAAUGCUACUUUGAAGUGUGCGAGCAAUAAUCAGUCUGGUGUAGUAAAGUACACGUGGCCAGAAAAUGCAGGCGGGUUCCCUGAUGGCAGUAGCCUGAUCAUCACUAGAGUGACCAGGGAACAUCAUGGAAGCCGAGUGAAGUGUGAGGCGAUGUACAGUGAUGGUGAAGUUGUCUCCAGUGACACACUGCAAUUACAGGUUUACUGUGAGUAUUGGGAUCCAACGACAAUGAAUGUCAUGAAUAAGGCUACUUAGUCAUCGACAGCAUAUAGUGUCUUUACGCAAAUGAGUUUCAAGUUU